CGUGUUCUAAACAAAAACCCCAACGCUAGCAUUGGUAUCACACAAGCUGUUGCCGUGCGCGAUCGUGCGUUUUCGCGGCUCGUUAUCGGCCAGUAGAUAACGCUGCAGACCGACGCUUCAACGUUGGCAUUGGCAAUCGGUGUGUUAACUGGAAGUGUUGAAGGUGCACGAUACCGCUCGCUGUGCAUCUGCGCCCGGAGGAGCCAACGCGAGGCAAAAUGGCGGCCACGCACCUAGACGUCGGCCUCCGCUGUAUCAAAUACCUGCUGUGCGCGGUCAACUCUCUAUUCGUGUUGACGGGAGUUAUGAUAAUAUCGGUCGGCACGACGAUCUACGCUGUUUAUGAGAACUUUUCGCAUUUUCUGGAUACAAGCUAUUUUUCACCAGCCACCGUCUUAAUCGUGGUUGGAAUACUCGUCUUCAUAAUUGCUUUUAUGGGAUGUUGCGGCGCACUCAGGGAAAGCACCUGUAUGGUCCUUGUGUUUGCAUUCUUGCUAUCUGUUGUUUUGAUAAUGGAACUCGCCGCCGCUGUUGCUGCAUAUGCCUUGCAAGAUGGUAUCAAGGAUCUUUUGGCUGAGAAUAUCAAGAUGACAAUGCAUCAAUACGAAAAGAACGAAGAAGCCAAGUUCGCAAUUGAUUUUAUGCAAUCUAGAUUACGUUGUUGCGGAUAUAAUAGCUACUUGGAUUGGAAUUACGUAUCGUUUAAUAAUACGCAUAUAGAUGUACCUGACUCUUGCUGUGCAUAUCUAGUGGAUGAGCUUUCAGAUCGCUGUUAUGGGAAAUAUCAGGAGGGCUGUAUCAGCCGCCUUUCUAUUAUUGUUCACCGUAGUGCACUAUACAUCGGCACAGGAGCUGUAGCGAUCGCCCUUAUUCAGCUAACGGGAAUUAUGUUCGCGUGUAUGCUUGGCCGAGCUAUCAGGCGUCAAAAAACAGAAAGGGAGAGGCGUCGUUGGGAAUUACGAGAGAAUUUAGUGAACGGUUAUGAACCAUUGGGAAAAUCGGAUCCCAUAACUACGUUUCCCAUAGUGUACAUGUCGCCAGACUAUCCAUUGAAAGGCGAUCAGAAAUGUUAAUAUUUUGAUGUAAAAAUCGAGUAACUGUAUAAAACCGUAUUUUUUUUCCCGGAUUCACAAAGAAAUUUGCAAAAAUUGAGUAAUGAAGAGAGAAAUAGAGAGAUACUAUUUUUUUAACAAAAUAUAAAAGCUUGUGAGAAUAUUUAUUCUUGGUUUUUACAUUUUCUUUUAUGAUAGAGCUCAGCGAAUGACCGUCGGACAGCACAAAAGAAAAAUAGUACUUACUACCAAAUAAUUAUCUGAUUUAUAAUAUAUAGUUUAAUAUAUUUUCUUAGUAAAUAUAUAUAUAUAUAUAAUACACAUUAUGAACGAGUCUGAUUGUUUGCUUUAAAUAAUUUGCAUUUUAAUGAUUAAAUAUUUUGAUUAAAUAUUUUUAAAUUCAAAUUUUAUAUAAUAAAUAAAUAUAAUAUCUUAAGACUAUUCACAAAUAUUGACAAAAAGCAUUAUUUUAAAAUACAGACUAUUGUAAGAGAUGUAUUAUUGUUAUACAUUCUUAAUGCACUGUAUGCUAAGAAUAAAAUGACUUUAUUAAAAUUUA